UCAUUUAAGGUUACUUGAUCGUAAUCUCAAAGAACGUACAGUAAGGUACCUUCAGGUAUUUAGGAGUAAAAGCGCGCAUCCCUUACGCCCUCCCACUUCCUCCCAUGAUGCCCUGCACUGACCCCCAAGCCGCGCUUCUCUUCCGUUUCCUCUCCCGGCGCCGAGUGUUGUUGUUUGUGCCGCCGCUCUGUCACAUUUGGUUCUUGGCGUUGACUUUCGCCAAUCGCCUUUUUGCUGGUUUCUUGUUGUUGUAUCGGCAUGGCAUCUGCUAAGGCGUACAGGCUCAGCUGCUCGAUCCCGGGGCACGCGUUGGAUGUCCGAGGGUUGGCAGCGUCCGUUUUUCCCGAAGGCGGCUUUGUGUCGGUGUCUCGAGACAAGACUGCCAAGGCAUGGGAGCCCAGCAAGAGCCUUAAUGGAGGUUUCAUUGAAAUGCAGUGCAUGAAGGGUCACAACAAUUUUGUAACGUGUGUGUGUAUCAUUGCACCAAGUGAUGCCCACCCUGAAGGGCUCAUUGCCACUGGAGGGAAUGAUCACAACAUCUGUGUCUUUUCACCAUGCAAAGCUGACCCCCUAUACAUCCUGAAGGGGCACAAACACACCGUCUGUGCUGUUUCAGCUGGAAAAUUUGGAACGUUGUUAAGUGGCUCAUGGGAUACCACAGCAAAAGUCUGGCUCAACAACAAAUGCAUGAUGACCUUAACGGGUCACACAGGGUCCGUGUGGGCUGUUAAAAUAUUACCUGAGCAGGGACUGAUGCUGACUGGCUCGGCUGACAAAACCAUCAAGCUCUGGAAGGCCGGAAGGUGUGAGAGGACUUUCACAGGUCAUGAAGAUUGUGUGAGGGGGUUUGCUGUUGUGAACGACCAUGAAUUCUUGUCUUGCAGUAAUGAUUCCAGCAUAAGGAGGUGGCUAGUGACGGGGGAGUGCCUUGAAGUUUAUUACGGCCAUACCAACUUCAUCUACACCUUAGCAGUCUUCCCAAAUGGCCAAGAUUUCAUUAGUGCUGGUGAGGACCGCUCCUUACGGAUAUGGAAAAAGGGCGAAUGUUGCCAGACCCUCCGUCUUCCAGCUCAAUCGGUGUGGUGCUGCUGUAUUCUGGACAAUGGGGACGUGGUGGCUGGAGCCAGUGAUGGCAUUAUUAGAGUAUUUACUGAAUCUGAAGACCGAAUGGCGAGUGCCGAAGAUCUUCAAGCUUUUGAAGAUGAGCUGUCAAAGGCCACCAUCAGCUCCAAAACUGGAGAAUUGGGUGACAUUAAAAUUGAGGAGCUUCCAGGACGAGAACACUUACUUGAACCCGGAACCCGGGAGGGUCAGACGCGACUUAUUAAGGAUGGAGAGAAAGUUGAAGCAUUUCAGUGGAGCAUUAGCGACGGCCGCUGGAUAAAGAUCGGUGAUGUCGUUGGCUCAUCGGGAGGAACGCAGAACUCCUCAGGGAAAGUUUUGUAUGAAGGAAAAGAGUUUGAUUUUGUGUUUACCAUUGAUGUUAAUGAAGGUGGACCCUCCUUGAAACUCCCAUAUAAUGUGACCGAAGACCCAUGGCUGACUGCUCAUAAUUUCCUCCAGAAGAACGAUUUGAGUCCCAUGUUCUUGGACCAAGUUGCCAACUUCAUUAUAGAGAACACUAAAGGAGUCACUCUCGGCUCUGAGACGGGACAUUCGGAUCCGUUCACAGGUGCAAAUCGCUAUGUCCCAUCAGCGGCCGAAGGCUCCUCACCUGCUGCAGCGGACCCAUUCACAGGUGCUGGCCGUUAUAUUCCUGGAUCUGAUUCAAGUGAAGCAGCCUCCACAAGAGCCUCUGACCCGUUUACAGGUAGCAGUGCGUACUUCUCAAAUGCUCAUCACUCAACAUCAACGCAGUCCAAGAAUAUUUACUUCCCAAAGACAGAUGCCGUCACGUUUGACCAGGCAAAUACCACUCAGAUUCUGGCAAAAAUGAAGGAGCUGAACAGAGGAGCCUCAGAUGAUCAGAGGCUAACGGACGAUGCCAUCCAGAAGCUCGAGAAGCUCCUGUCAGCCGUCACGGAGCUCAGUCAUGCAGAGACGCCGGCCACAGAGCAGAUUGACCUCCUUUGGAAGACGACCUACUGGCCCGAAGACAUUGUGUUCCCCGCUUUGGACAUCCUGCGGCUGGCCAUCAGACACCCCGUUGUGAACGAGCAGCUCUGCCACGAGGACAUGCGGGUGCAGUUCUGCAAUCAUCUGCUCAACCUGAUGAACCCGCAGGGUAAGGCUGCCAACCAGAUGCUGGUGCUCAGGACUCUGUGCAACUGCUUCGCUGCCAAGUGGGGACAGGAUUUGCUGAUGUCUCUAAGGGAGACGGUGAUAUCACGGGCCAUGGAACUCAAAGGGGUCUGCAACAAGAACGUCCACAUCGCCCUGGCCACUCUGGUGCUCAAUUUUGCUGGCAGUUUGUACCCCAUCUCGGAUCUUGAAGGAAAGGCGCAGUGCUUAUCGGUGACCAGCAUGCUCUUGGAGACGGUGCAGGAUAAGGAGGCCGUCUUCAGACUCUUGGUGGCCCUGGGCACAACUGUCACGAACGACGCCACGGCCAAAGGUCUGGCGCACUCUCUGGGAGUGAAGUCUCAGAUCGCCAAGUACGCGUCGGUGUCGGAUCCGGCGAAACUGGCCGAAUGCUGCAGACUGCUCCUCGACGAGCUCUAGUCUGCGUUUGUUUUUCUGCCCCCACUUCCUGCGGACACACAGACGGUGACACUUAGUUCUUAUCAAAUAGCCCUGAAUGACCAGAUUGAGAAUGAAGGAAUCGGAAAUCAUGCUUCAUAAUGUUUUAUCUCAAAGCCAAAUGCUCCUUCAGUAAUAAAAAUCUGUCCGUGUC